UCAACCUUAGAGUCAGUGCCACAGUUCCUCUGCAGAGUGAUCGGGAGGGUGUCAGUCUGUUUCUGAAGUGCUGAGUUUCAGUGUGUGCCGAUAACCAAGGCUCCUCUGCGGUCUAUCAGCCCAUCUCCACCACGCUCAUCCACCUUCCUUCGGGGGAGCUGGACAAGCCAGCUGCACAGAGAGGAAAUACCAGGAGGAUAAUGACCUAAAGGCCUUUGUCAUUUUGCAGAUUUUUGUUUUUACCAAAGGCUGUGGAAUACAGCUAUUUCAGCUCAGGGUGUUCUUUUUGGUGCUAGGUAGAAGAUGAGAAAACACCGGCUGUUACCGCUGUGCGCUCUUCUGGGUGUCCUGUUCGCAGGACUUCUGCCCAAACUUGAUGCCCAGGGUCAGGAAGAUUGCGCACAAGGCCUGGCUGCCGAUAUAUACUUUCUUGUGGAUUCGUCCUGGAGCAUGGGACAAGAGAACUUUGAGCACGUCCGACAGUUUCUGUACAGCGUGGUUAAAGCACUGCACGAGGGUGGCGGUGGCAGAUUUCAGUUCGCCCUCGUCCAGUACAGCGGCUCGCCCAAAACUGAGUUCCAAUUGAACACAUACCCAUCUCCGCUGGGGGCCCUGGCCCAUAUCCGGGCCAUGGCGUACCGGGGGGGUGGCACCCGGACGGGUCUGGGCUUGGACUUUCUCAUCCGGGCCCACCUGAACGCAGCGGCUGGUAGCCGCGCUGGCGUGGGUGUGGCCCAGGCGGUGGUGAUCCUGACAGACGGGCGCUCCCAGGAUGACGUGGCUGAGCCGGCGCAGGUGCUGCGGCUAGCAGGGGUGAGCAUGUUUGCGGUGGGGGUGCAGGACGCCGUGGACUGGGAGCUCAGGGAGAUGGCUAGUGUGCCACAGGACAUACACAUAUUCAGCGUAGACUCUUUCCAGGCCCUGAAGGGUAUUAUCCAGGACUUAGUGGUGGGCUUGUGCGGCGCAGUCACUCAGGCCGGGGGCGCCCCGAUGGCUGUCGAAGCCAAAGAAGUGCCUCGAGACGUGACAGCACAAGAGUCAGCUGACCUUGUACUCUUAAUUGACGGAUCUGAGAACGUUGGAGCGGCCAACUUCCCCCGCGUGCGCGAUUUGGCUAUGAAAGUCAUUGAGGGCCUCGAUGUGGGCAGGGACACAAUUCGGGUGGCUGUGGCUCUGUACAGCGCGGACCUAGAGAUUCAGUUCUUUCUAAAUAGCUAUGACACCAAAGCCGCUGUCCUGGACGCUGUGAAGGCCCUUCAGUUCACAGGCGGUGAUGAGGCUAACCUUGGAGCCGCCUUGGAGAAUGUCGCUGGGAGCCUGUUGAUUCCGGCAUCAGGGGGCAGGGCAGAGGAGGGGGUGCCCCAAGCUCUGGUGGUGAUCAGUGCCGGGCCGUCCAAUGACGAUUUCAGUGCGGGUGACAGGGCUCUUAAGGCAGCGAGCAUUAUCACGUUUGGCGUGGUGGUCGGCGGCGAGGCUACAGCCGAGCUGGAGACUAUCGCCACAGACAAGAGCUUUGUUCUGUCAGCCCCCGAUUUCAGGGCAGUGGCAAGCUUGGGUGACCAAUUGCUACCAUAUGUUAAUGCAGUGGCCCAGCGCACCAUUGUCAUUCAGAAUGAAUUCACAGAAGCCUUGGAAGUGGGAAAAAGGGAUAUCAUUUUUCUCGUUGACAGCACUAUGGGUGCCACAUUGAUCAACUCUCUUCGUGAGUUUAUCAAAAGGUUUGUUGACACCAUGCCGAUCGGACCGGAUCAAGUGCAAGUGGGUGUGACCCAGUUCAGCAACACUGCCAGGGAUGAGAUUGAGCUGAACGCAUAUGGAUCCAAGGAAGACCUGAGUGCAGCCCUGGGCAGACUCAAGCCAAGACCAGGACAAAUGGUGAACAUCGGGGCGGCCCUGGACUUUGUGAGGACCAAUACGCUGAGGGCUGACAAGGGGAGUCGUAUUAAGCAGGGCGUGCCCCAGCUGGUUCUGUUGUUGACCAGUAAGAAGUCCAGCGACAGUGUGGGGCAGGCUGCUGAGGCACUGCAGCGCAUGGGGGUUCUGACCCUGGCUGCCGGCUCUAAGACGGCCGAUGAGCAGGAGCUGAAGCAGAUUGCCUUUGAUGAGAGCUUGGUGUUCAUGCUGAAGGACUUCCGCGCAUUGAUCCGCAACCCCAAGUUGAUUGUCUCUCCCCUCUCCACUCUAUCGGGGGUUGUGGUGAUUGAGGGACCGACAGAGCCAGUGGUUGAAAUUACAACAGUGCAGACCCAGCGAGUAGUCAGAGACAUCGUCUUUAUGGUGGAUGGCUCUAGCUACAUUGGGGGUGCCAACCUUCCGUACGUGCGGGAUUUCAUUGCCAGUGUGGUAAACCAGCUGGACGUGCGGCCCGACAGGGUGCGCAUCGGUCUCAUGCAAUUCGCAGAGAACCCAAAGAUUGAAUUCUAUCUGAACACGCACAACACAAAGCAAGAUGUGCUGGCUAGCCUGGGUGAGCUCAGGCUAAUGGGAGGGUCUGCUUUGAACACGGGAGCGGCAAUGGAUUACGCACUUACCAACAUGUUCCAGGCCUCGACUGGGUCACGUAAGAGGCAAGGUGUCCAACAGGUGCUUCUCCUGAUCACUGGAGGCCCAUCCCAGGAUGAGGUUAAAAGGAUAGCAGACAAAGUGGCCGUGGCGGGUGUACUGACCUUCACAGUCAGUGCUGGCCAGGCAGAUGAGGACUACUUGAAGACGGUCGCUUUUGUUCCAAACUUGGCUUACCAUGAAAGCAGAUUUGCUGACCUGCCAAGUGUUGUUGAACAGAUCAUGACUCCUUUGACUACUGUGGUUGGAGAUACAGACAUCACAGAAACAGAAAUAACUGAGGAACCUGCAGUCGUUGGAGGCGAGAGGGAUGUUGCGUUCCUGAUUGACGGCUCUGAUAAUGUCCGAGCAGAUUUCCCCUACAUCCGGGACUUUAUCAUCAAAGUCAUUGAGCCUCUUGAUAUUGGACAAGAUAGAGUGCGGAUUUCAGUUGUCCAGCAUAGUGAGAGGCCAGCUCCCAAUUUCUACCUGAAUACAUAUAAGGAUAAGGCUGAAGUUUUAAGGGCUGUUAAUGAUCUAAGACUGUCUGGUGGACGGAGUCUGAACACCGGAAUGGCUUUGAAAUUCAUGAAGGACACCAUCCUGUCCCCAGUUCAUGGUAGUCGGGCGGCUCAAAAUGUACCCCAGUUUUUGAUUGUUUUGACCGGAGGCAAGUCUAAGGAUAGCGUGAAGGAGUCUGCUGGUGCUUUAAAGACCGAUGGAGUGGUACCAUUUGGCGUUGGUGUCAAGGAUGCAGACCCUAAGCAAAUCGAGGCUAUUUCUCACAACCCAUCCUUUGCUUUCAACGUGAAGGAAUUCAGCCAGCUCAGUACGGUCCAACAAAAGCUCAAUAGCUAUGUGAGCCUUUCCAAGGAAAAGCUGAAGGUCGUCUUGGAGGAAGGUAAGCAAAGCUUUUCUCAUGUUCUAUGUUGUGUGACACGCCUGUCAUUGUCUUUGCCCUUGAUGAUGCUCUUUGUGCUGUGCUGUUUGUUUCUUCUAAAUGUGCCUUAUUGUUGUGUCUCAGCCUCAGUUCAUGCUGAUGCUGUGAAAAGAGAUAUUGUAUUCCUGCUGGAUGGUUCUGAUGGCACAAGGAGUGGAUUCCCAGCAUUGCGAGACUUUGUUCAAAGUGUAGUGGAUAAACUCUCUGUGGAGGAAAACAGAGAAAGAGUUUCUCUGGUUCAGUACUCUGACAAACCAGAGGCCCAUUUCUAUCUGAACUCGCACAAAACAAAGGAUGCCGUUAUUCACGCCAUAAGUAAUAUGAGGCACAAGGGUGGAAGGAGCCUAAACACUGGGGCAGCUCUCCAGUUUGUGAGACAUAACAUCUUUACUGCCUCCUCUGGCAGUAGACGACUGGAAGGUGUACCCCAGGUCCUGAUCCUUUUGACUAGCAAGAAAUCCAGAGAUGAUGUUACGGGCCCUGCUGUAGCUCUUAAAGAUCUGGAAAUUGUGUCAAUAGGGGUCGGAGUUGGGGACGCCAAUUUCCGUGAGUUGGAAAUAAUUUCCUUCCAACCUGGUUUCACAUUCCAGGUCUCUGAGUUGUCUGAGUUGCCCUCAAUCCAUCCACAGUUUGUUGCUCUUCUUAAAAGACUGUCAAAAGACACAGAAGAAGUAGGAGCUGUGGCUCCUGUGACUCAUGGAAUUCCUGAUUUAGUAGGUAAGAACUCCAACUUGGAUAUGAGUAUGCUAAAUACAAGAAACAUACCGUAUUCUUUUUCUUUGGAACAAUGCUGAAAUUGAAGCAUGAGA